AGGGAGCCAAGGAACAGAUAUGUCACUUCAGAUUGCAGGCCUGACAUUGUCAUGUUCGAUUCUGAAUCAGCUUCCAACCUCGACCUGGACAUCUCUCUAGCCCACCCUUGGAGUGCGGAUGCAUUUCCAAGCUCUGCCGAUAGAACAGGCGUCGCUGCUAAACAACGAGAGAAUAGGAAGGCGGCAAAAUACAGCCAACAAAAGCUCCCUGGGACUUCAGUUCUCAAAGCCAUCCCCUUGGUAUUCGAACAUUUCGGUGCAUGGGGAGAAGAGGCCAGGAACUUCUUGCGAAAGCUAGCAGCUUUCUCAUCAGACGAAGUUGGUCAGCCAAACGCACCGGAAUUUGUGGACUUCUGGCGUAAACGAUUUUCAGUGCAGCUGCAAAAGUGCAACGCACGGGUCAUUCAGAAGAAAUUGAAUGUGUUGUGUGGUGGGUGUCAGAUUCCCGAGUCACUCAGCACUCAAUUCUUUUAUCAUUAGUGUACUUUUAGUUGUCUCUUUUGCCUCAGAAAAUAUGUAUACACUUACCUAUGAACACUAUAAAGCAUUUAGCUUUAGUCGAGUAGUUUCUGCUGUGAUGUAUGAUAGUGUGAUUGUAAGAAAUAAAUGAUUCUUUACAGACAGACAGACAGCCAGAUAGACAGACAGAGACAAACAGAUGGAAAGA